GAUGACAAUUACUUUAUCCUGCAAUACUGGACAAGUUAGUGUGAUAAACCUACUAACAGUUUAAUUGUGACUUGACAAAAAUUUUUGGUAACCGAAUUCGGCGCGCACGCAGUUCUCAGAUUAGAAUGGCUGUGCGCGUUUGAGGAGCACAACGUAUUGCGUAAUUAUUUGUUUUUGUGAUAACUGAAUUGUAUAAUAUUAUCGCAUCUAUUAAAGAGUGUCGAAUGAACACGAAAAUUUGCAAAAAUGUAUUUACAACUGUUUAAAAUGACCGCAGUCACGCUAAUUGUAUUUUUAUUGGUAAUGACAAACUAUGCAGAAUCAGCAAAUAUUUUAUAUGUCAUACCAUUCUCAGCUAUGUCUCAUUAUAUAUUUCUUAAAUCGAUUGGAUUAGAAUUAGCACACAGAGGACAUAAUGUUACUGUUAUAACAACAUUCAUGGAAAAAAAUCCACCGCCGAAUUACCGGCAGAUUUCAGUGGUUAAUAAGAAUAUGUGGGAACUAAUUGGUGAAGGUGCUGAGGCACCGAAUAUAUUUGAUUUGGUAGAUCUAUCUCCUGAAGAGUUUCAAAGCAAAAUACAUUGGCCAGGUGGCGUUGCCUUUACAGACCUUGUCCUUAGUUCACCUGAAGUUGUAGAGUUUUUAAAGAAGGAUAACCAAUUUGAUUUAGUUAUAUGUGAGCAGUUUUUCCAAGAAGCACUAUAUACACUCUCAGUCAAGUAUAAUGCGCCGUUAGCAAUAAUAUCAACAUUCGGGAACUGUAUGAGGCAUAAUUUAGUAACGCGCAAUCCUCUUCAACUAGCCACAGUUGUGGGAGAAUACUUAAGUGUAAAUAAUCCUAGAAGUUUUUCGGGCAGAUUGAGGAACUUCUAUUUUACUGUUUACGAAUAUUUUUGGUGGAGAUACUGGUAUCUCGAUAAACAAGAGCAGUUAGUUCCAAAAUAUUUUCCAGAAUUGGUCGGUAAAACACCAAGCCUAUAUGACUUGCAAAAGGAUGCUUCCAUAAUGUUGAUUAAUAGUCACUUCAGUUACGAUACUCCUUUUGCUUUAUUACCAAAUAUCGUAGAAAUUGGUGGAGCUCAUCUUUCACGGAGUAAUACCAGUCUUCCAGAAGAUUUGCAAAAGCUGUUAGAUGAAUCUAAGCAUGGGGUUGUCUAUGUAAGCUUUGGAUCUAAUGUCAGAAGUGCAGAUUUACCAGAAGAGAAAAAGAAAGCUUUUUUGAAUGUUUUUAAGAAGCUAAAACAGACUGUAGUGUGGAAGUGGGAGGAAGAUAUAUUAGAAGGAAAACCAAACAAUUUGGUGAUACGUAAAUGGUUUCCUCAAAAGGAGAUUCUGGCGCACCCAAACAUCAAAGUAUUUAUAGCACAUGGAGGUUUAAUAGGCAUGCAAGAAACAAUUUUUAAUGGCGUACCAGUGGUCGGUAUCCCUAUAUACUCUGACCAACACAACAACUUGGUUCUAGCCGAAGAAGCUGGCUUUGGAAAACUAUUGCAGUACCAUGAUAUAACUGAAAAAAAUUUAGAUAAAGCUCUUCAUGAUGUUCUAAAUAAUGAUUCAUACAUGAAAAAAGCUAAAGAGCUGCAAAAAAUUUGGAAGGAUAGACCCAUGAGUCCAUUGGAUACUGCAAUGUUCUGGUUGGAGUAUGUUAUUAGAAAUAAAGGUGCUGAAUACAUAAAAAACCCAGCAAGAAAUAUGAAUUGGUUCGCGUACAAUAUGGUAGACGUUUAUGCAUUCAUUUUAGCAAUAUUGACUAUAGUUAUAGCACUAAUUGUUAAAGUAAUAAGUACUAUCACAAUUUUCUUAUUUGGUGAUCAGGUAAAAACGACCACAAAGAAAAAACGGUCGUGAUGUAUAUAGAUACAAUUUUGGUUCACCUACCUAAAAUUAAAUUAAUUAUUUUUGUU